GAACUUCUAGAUGAAUAAUGACGAAAAUGCAAUUUUCUUAAAAAAGAUGGGUAAUCAGUCAGCCUCCCAUUUUUCUCUCAGACAUUGCUUGCUUGCUUCUCUCCAACGACGUGGAUUCAGCACCCCACCUGGAAUCCCAAAUCACAUAAACCCGAUAUUCACAAUUCACAAAACACAAAAGUUCUCAGAAACCUCAAACACAUGAAGCACCCCUUUUUCUGUUUCAUUUUGAUUCCGUUUUCUUGUUUUAAACGACUCUUGAUAAUAUAAUUUUCAUCCGCUAGCGACUCCCUGCUUAAUUCUAAACCCUAAAUCAUUCACGCAUUCUGCUUGAAGAAAUCAGUGGAAAAAAUCCAAUUGAUUUUCUUUUUUGGGUUUAAGUUCUUCGUAAUGCAUAGAUCUGGAGCUGCGAUGGCUUGGAAUGUGUUUAAGUUCUGUACGGCCUUGCGGGGUCUUGGUUCGAUUAUGAUCUUGUUGGUUCUUGGGGUCGUUGGUGUCACCUAUUACGCCGUCGUUUUGACCAAUUAUGGACCCGCUUUGUACGACGGAGGGCUUGAUUCUCUCACUGCUCUGGUUGUAUUGAUCUUGUUUCAUGGUUUGUUGGUGAUGCUGUUGUGGAGUUAUUUUUCAGUUGUUUUGACUGAUCCGGGUAGUGUGCCACCUAAUUGGAGGCCUGCAAUUGAUGAGGAGAGAGGAGAGACUGACCCAUUAAAUGGGUCAGAAUUUACUGGUUUGCAGUCUGACCCAUCAAAUCAAAGAAUCCGAUGCUGUCAGAAGUGCAACCAGCUGAAGCCACCCAGAUGCCAUCAUUGUUCCGUUUGUGGACGGUGCAUACUAAAGAUGGACCAUCAUUGUGUUUGGGUUGUUAAUUGUGUUGGGGCAAUGAAUUAUAAGUACUUUCUUCUCUUCUUGUUCUACACAUUUCUUGAGACAACUCUUGUGACACUAUCGCUGCUUCCGCAUUUUAUAGCAUUCUUCAGUGAAGGAGAAAUUCCUGGCACACCAGGAACCCUUGCAACUACCUUUCUUGCUUUUGUUUUGAAUCUGGCAUUUGCAUUGAGUGUGCUGGGCUUUCUGAUCAUGCACAUAUCUUUGGUGGCUGCUAAUACCACAACUAUUGAGGCAUAUGAGAAGAAGACCACUCCAAAAUGGCGUUAUGACCUAGGGCAUAAGAAGAAUUUUGAACAGGUUUUUGGGAUGGACAAGCGAUAUUGGUUCAUUCCUGCAUAUUCAGAUGAAGAUUUACGCCGGAUGCCAGCACUUCAGGGUCUUGACUAUCCAUCAAAGCCUGACUUUGAUUCUCAAUAGUUCUAAUAACUUGCACGAUGCUAGGAAACUGGAACUUUCCUCGUAGCGUUAGAUACGGAGCUCCUCAAAACGUUCCUUUGAAUCCUAACCGAAACAGUUCACAGCCAAUUUGGGCUUCUAACCAUUCAUUCCCACAGGUGUCUGCUUGCAGAAAUAAACAUGAAAGAUAAGAAUACAGUAGCGGGGUACUUUCUGAAGGAGCAAAUGAGGGGAAGUGACAUUAGUGUUGCUAUAGGAUAUGCUUUGAAGAGCUGAUGUUUGUUUCUUGUUCUGAUUGCAUGUUUUGAAAUGUGGGGACCUUAGGAUAAAAAUGCAACUUUUUAAUAUGGUGGCAUGCUGAUGUCUUUAUAGUUAUACUUUGCUUGUAUGCCCAUUGGAGAAAGAGUUGAUCGGUCUUUUGUACGAGUACGAUACUUUGUAUGUCCAUUGGUUAAUACAGUCGAUCAAAAUUUGUGUACCA